AUGGAGUACUCCCCCCCUGACAAGGUCGCCAUCUGCAACCUGGCCUCCAUCGCUCUACCAUCCUCCAUCCAGGAUGGUCAGUACGACUUCCAGAAGCUGCAUGCAGUCUCCAAGGUGGUUGCAUUCAACCUGAACUGGAUCAUUGAUGUCAACUAUUAUACAGUGCCUGAGGCUCCAGGUCCAUCCAGAACAUCCCCAGAAUCCCAGACAACAUCAAAGGCGAUCUGCAAGACUGUCUGGGAGAUCUUACAGAAGAAGAUUCUCAACCUCGCCAUGGACCUGGGCAUGUUCAUCUGCCAGCAUCAGUGCUUGAAUGUCCAUCUCCAGAGCCCUAUUCUCGGCCAGCUCACAUCCAUGCAUUUCUACUGCUGGAAGAAGGGGCUCAAGACAAGCAUGUACUGCCUUUGUAUGCACCCCACUGCUCAGGCUAUCCAGUUCACCCUUGUUGUCUUGGUCAUCAAGCAGGCAAAGGAUGCUCAGCAUGGUGUCUCUGGUCCUGCCCAAGCAGUGCAGGUGAUGAAGCCCCACAAGCCCAGGCAGAGCAUGAACAAGUAUGUGAGCAUUGCCAUGAACGACAUGGUUGCUUUGGCAUGUAGCUCCACCCUGGCAAGUGCAACAGUCACCACUCUCAUGGCUUCCCCUGACUACACAAUGGUUGUCAAGGUUGAGUCCUCUUCUGCCCCACUUCCUACCCCAGGUGCAUCUGCUUCCGGCACUGAACAGCCACUUGUAGCUGCUCCAGCAGAAGAGAAUAGCAAGGGCAAGGGCAAGACAGAAGAGAAAGAGAUCGACCCCAAAAAUGCUGCUGCAUUGGAGAGGGUCAAGCAGCGCAAAUACAAGGAGGUCAAGCUCCAGUGCAGCCUCAAAAACAUGGAGGCAUGCUUGAUGUGCUCUGGAUGA